GGUCUACACCGGAAACUCUGCAGUACGUCGGCGGGUCGUGAGCGCGCGCGUGUGCGGGAAAGGAAAGACUUUUUUUAAAAAAAAGAAGAAGAGGAAGAGGAAGAAGAAGAAGCCGUUCAGCGCUGUUUUUUAAGCCUCCGUCGUUUUCGUACCCUGACUCGGCAAUGGCGUACCGCGGGCAGGGCCAGAAGGUGCAGAAAGUGAUGGUGCAGCCUAUCAACCUCAUUUUUCGGUACCUACAGAAUAGGUCCCGGAUUCAGGUUUGGCUGUAUGAACAAGUGAACAUGCGGAUAGAAGGCUGUAUCAUUGGUUUUGAUGAAUAUAUGAAUUUAGUUCUGGAUGAUGCUGAGGAAAUUCACUCUAAAACAAAAUCAAGAAAACAGCUGGGUCGAAUCAUGUUAAAAGGAGACAAUAUUACUCUUCUGCAAAGUGUUUCCAACUAGAAAAUGCUACCUUGUGUGUUUCUGUUAUAAUAUUAAACUUUAAUCCUUAAAAAAUGGGCUACCUUAAUGCAGUCACUUCUGACUUGAUAUCGGAGAAGCGAUAAGAAUGAAACCAGCUAUUUAGUUCAUGCUUCUGUAAUUUUCAAUAACUUUUUUACAUUGAUGUGUAACUGUAUUUCUUUACAAAUAAAUGUUUUUGUUAA